AACAAAACUUAUUUCAUCAAUCCUAAUUGAAUCUCAAAUACAUUAUGUAUUAAAUUCAAUGACCCGAUCGAGGCUACAAUUUAGACACAUUUUUGGAUCACGGUAUAUUUUACAAAUCAGUUGAUCGAAUGGCAAUUGCGGAACACUUUGAUCAAACCCGAUUUUGGACAUGGGUAGGAGAGUCGGCAGUCUAGACAUUACAUGUCAUCACGCGCACCUUCCUUACACCAGGAUGUCUUACGCCAUGUUGUUACGCAAUUUACUUCUGGGGAUCUACUAUAAGAGGGAUGGCGCAGCAAUGAAUGGCAGUGCAGUCCAACAGACCUACAGAUCGAAAGAUGCGUUCAUUCAUCACCAUUGCUGUCGUUAUGAUGGCCGGCGUUGCCGUGGCCAUGGCUGAGGGAUACGGUUCCAGCGGAUACGGAAGUAGCAGCUACGGAAGUAGCGGCUACGGAUACAUGUCUUAUCCCACAUCUGGAUCUUACGGAUAUGGAGGUGGAUACGGAAGUGGAUAUGGAUACGGAUCCAGUGGAUACGGAAGCGGGUACGGAAGUGGAUACGGAAAGGGACACGGAAAGAAAUCAUCCACCCAUGUGUAUUACCCAGUCCCUGUGCCCGUCCAACAGCCAACCCCUACUCCCCUUCCCCUUCCACCAAUCGGUCUUGGAGCUGGCAUCGACGCCGGAAACAACGGUCUGUUCGGAGGCAGCGGCAUUGGACUUCUUAUGCUGCUUUUCCUGAUCCCUCUCCUUUUCAACAACAACAACACUUCCGGUUAAAUAAUCACGUGAUAUUCAUGCGCAUUAGAGUGAAAACCAUGAAUGACUCAUUUUUCGCUUCCAAACUUUGGUCUGGUCUUUCGGUGUUAGGUUGUUAUUUGUACUCUGUUGGAAAAAAAUAAAUGGCUGUAAAAGCAGCAAAACAAAAAUAAAUUCUUUUUCUUGAUGAUUUCAAAGGAUCUAACGUUUUUCAUGAGAAAUCUAUUGAUACAAGAAAAUAAUGGCGCAUCAAAUUAAGAAUUGAAAACACAUUUGAUGCAAAAUGAAUAGUAAUAUCAACUACAAGUUAUUUACGCGAGCCGUACUAAACAUUUGAGACAAGAAUCUUUCUAUUUUGAAUGCAGAUGCUGAAAACAAAAUCACGUGUUUUAUUUCUUUAAAAUAUCAACAGAAUGUCACCACAAUGCAAGCAUGGUAAUAUAUAUG